AUGUCGUCAAUCCAAGGACUCCCACCACAAGGAUCAGACGUAACUAUUCUUAUAACCAGGGUCCACUUGCAUCCACUUUGUGUGCUUGUAGAGUUCUGGGGAAAGUUUAGCCUGGAGAGGACUGAAGAAUAUGAGUGCUUGGCUAAAGACAUUCAAUCUGUUGGAAAAACAUUUGAAGAACAUGAAGGAAACCCUGGUGAUAAGUGCUUGGUUCAGGUAGAUGGCAUUUGGAACAGGGCCCGCAUUGUCUCAAGAAAUGGGUCAAAAUUCAGCGUGUUUCUCUUUGACAAAGGGGUGACAUCUUGCACCACCACAAACAAGCUGGCAUGGGGUAAAAAGGAACACUUCCUCCUACCACCUGAAGUGGAAUUUUGUGUGCUAGCUAAUGUAUUACCACUCUCAGCUGAGGGCAGGUGGUCUCCAGUAGCUCUAGAAUUUCUGAAAACUCUCUCUGGGAGAUCUGUGAAAGCACAUGUGCAAGAUAUACUGGUGUCCCACAGAACAUUUGUCCUGCACAUCCCCUACAUCGCCAAACAAAUGUAUGAGAUGGGACUUGCCAAGAAGUUGGCUCCAGACAUGUUCCACGAGUUUGUGCUCAUGUCACUGAAGCCAAGUAGUCUAGCCCAAGUGUCACCACAGACUCAACUGAUCUCUAUGGAUGCAGGUGUGAGACUGCACAAGCAAGAGCUCUUCAUGGUCCCAGAGCUCCCAGCAGGAACUGUGGAGACGGUCAUAGUCACUGAAGUUGCAAAUCCACAGAGGAUCUUUUGCCAGUUGAAGGUCUUCUCACAAGAGUUGAAGAAACUCUCGGAGAAAAUCACACAAUGUUGUGAGGGCAGAAUGAUGAGUUGCACCGUGGGUCCAGAAAUGGUUGGUUUUCCCUGUGCUGCAAGAGGAAGUGAUGGCAGAUGGUACCGCUCUGUUCUACAACAGGUAUUCCCAAACAAUGGCGUUGUGGAAGUUUUGAACAUUGACUAUGGAACAAAACAGCUUGUUCAGUUGGAUAAGGUGAGACCACUGGCUUCAGAAUUCCUCAGGAUGCCCGUUGUGACCUACAUCUGUUCCCUACAUGGAAUCAUUGACCGAGGCAUUGGAUGGACAACCAGCCAGAUUGAGUUUCUAAGGAACCUUCUUUUGUGCAAGACUGUGAUUGCUAAAUUUGAGUAUCAAAGCAUGGCUGAGGGUGUACACUAUGUCACGCUCUAUGGUGAUGAUAAUACAGACAUUAACAGCCUGUUUGGGUCUAAGGAGAGCUGUUUGCUGGAGUAUGAGAAGACACUAAAAGAUUUUGCCCUUCAUAGCCCUGCAUACAGCCAUGAAGAUCAAGCCCAGCACGGAAAAAGAAAGAUGUUGACAUCUGGAAAGACUGAAGAGGAAAAUGAAGGGAAAGGAGUAGUUGAAAAGUUACCAGCAGAGGAGCUGUCACUGAACUCAACGCAUGUUGCAUUUGUUCUGCAUGUAUCCAACCCAUCAGAGUUUUGGAUCCAAACGCAGAACUAUGUGAGUGAGCUGGAUCAACUGAUGGACAGUAUCUUUCAUUUGUACAAAGAGUCAGAGAAGAAAGACGUGGUGAGAGAUCCAACUUUGGGGCUAUACUGUGCUGCCAAGGCAGAAGAUGGUGACUUCUACAGAGCAGUUGUGACUCAAGUUGAUGAGACACAAAUUAAGGUGUUCUUUGUUGAUUAUGGAAACACAGAAACCAUUGAAAGGAAUAAUAUCAGAUUUCUUCCUGACAAGCUCAAAAAGCUACCAAGGCUUGCUCUGAAAUGCAGCCUGGCUGGUGUCAGACCCACAGAUGGGAGAUGGACUCAAAUUGCCUCUGAGUUUUUCACCAAAACAGUCACAGACAAAGUACUGAAUGUUCACGUGAUGGCUAAAUAUGAUGACUACUAUGCUGUACAGCUAAUGGACCCGGGAUCUCUGCAGGAAAAAGACCUCAGUACAUUGAUGUGUACUUCUAAUUUUGCUGAAAGGGCUGAGACACUGAGUCAAAUUAAAGACAGUGUUUCCUUGCAACCUGCCACUCUGUCUCUCACACAACAUUCACAUGUCAGAUUCACAGAUGUACACGAGAACAAGGGAUUGUCUUUCCAGCCACAAAACACCAUUGACCCUGCCAUCAGGGAAAGAGUGUCUUCAUUCAAGGAGCACAUGUUUCCCAUUGGAAGUGUUCUUGAUGUCUCUGUGUCCCACAUCGAAAGCCCAAAUGACUUCUGGUGCCAACUUGUGCAAAAUGCAGGACAUUUGAAUUUGCUGAUGCGUGACAUACAGGCUCAUUAUGCAGGUAGUGAAUUUCAGCCCAAUGUAGAUGUAGCUUGUGUUGCACGUUAUCCUGUUAAUAGAAUGUGGUACAGAGCAAUUGUAAUUAACAAACAUAAAACACCUCAUGUGGAUGUGUUGUUUGUUGAUUUUGGUCAGGCAGCAACCAUUUCCAUAUAUGACCUGAGAAAGAUAAGUCCAGAGUUUCUCACUCUGCCUGGUCAAGCCUUUCGAUGCAGUCUGUUGAACCCUGUUGACCCCACAUCUGCCAUCAAUGAGUGGAAUGAUGAUACAGUUGCAAGAUUCAACAAAUUUGUUGAAACUGCUGCGUCUAACUUUGUGACUUUAAAGUGCACCAUAUAUGCUGUCAUGUACAGAGAGCAGAAGAUUCUUUUCAACAUUGUGGAUCUAGAGACUCCAUUUGAGAGCAUCUGCACCAGCAUGGUCAAUCUGGUCAAAAGUGCCCCUCCCAAAAAUGUCUCUGGGCCCUCCAUCCACCUGGACACGUACUACUACUCAACGCACAAUGUCAAAACUGGGACAGAGGAACAGAUGACGGUUACAUGCGUGAACAGUGUCAGUCAGUUUUACUGUCAGCUCGAGAGGAACGCUGAUGUGAUGGAAAAUCUCACGAUUAAAGUUAGCAAACUUUGCCAUCAGCUAGAGAAUGUAAAACUUCCAUCAGUGUUUGGAACUUUGUGCCUUGCCAAGUACACUGACGGAUACUGGUACAGGGCUAAAAUCAAGACCACAAAGCCAGCAAUCCUGGUUCACUUUGUGGAUUAUGGUGACACUAUUAAGGUGGACAAAUCUGACUUGCUUCCAGUACCCAAAGAGGCUAAUGAUGUCAUGUCUGUGCCUGUGCAAGCAGUUGUUUGUGGUCUCUCUGAUGUCCCUGCUACUGUUGGAAAAGAGGUCAACAGCUGGUUUGAGAAGUUUGCAACAGAAUUGAAAUUCCAAGCUCUCAUUGUGGCCAGAGAACCUGAUGGAAAACUGCUGGUCGAGCUGUAUCACAAAAACACUCAGAUUAAUUCAAAGAUAAAGAAGAUGUUUAAUAUUGAGAUGAGCACAAACGAGAGUGUUGUCAACCAUGGCCAGAAAGCAGUGAGACAUGACUACAGGCCUCCAAAAUAUUUCUCAAAGCAAACCACAGAAAUGGAUGACCAAACACAAAAUGUCAAUCAAAGUAGAUAUGCCAACCCAAAACCACCAUAUCAAAUGAGGGAUGAGCCAAAACCUAUCAACAUGUUUGCAACUAAGCCUUCCCGCUUUGCUUGUGAAAAUAGCCAUAAAGUAAAAGCUGUGCCGUUACAGCUGUACAAACCUCCUCCCCAGCGACAGUCAUGUGAAAUAACACCAAAUGAUAUGGGAAAUGGUUCUGAGAAUGCAAGUGACCAUGUCAAACCAAGAAAAGCCAAUCUUUCCACUGACACCAACCAGAUGGUCAUGUCCAAGACCUCUCAUACAGACUCUCAGAAGGUAAAAACUGUGGAACAACUCCCUAAACUUGCAGACUUGCCUUCAAAAUCAAUCACACCAGGUUUGGAAGCUGAAGUUUAUGUCUCACACAGCAACAGCCCAUUGAGUUUCUACCUUCAACUUGUCAGGGAUGAGGAUGAAAUAUUUUCUGUUGCUGAAAGGCUCAAUGGUCCCACAUCUCUCCCAAAAACCAAUGUCAUCAUUGAGGUUCAUCCAGGUGACCUUGUUCAAGCAGAGUUUGCAGAUGACUCCUCAUGGUACCGAGCUGUUGUGAAAGAAGUCCACAGCAACUCAAUUGCUCAUGUUGAGUUUAUUGAUUUUGGAAAUACAGUAAAGACACCAAUUUCCAAAAUGGGCAGACUUCAUCAGUCUCUUUUACUACUACCUAUGUACAGCACACACUGCAUGCUGAGUGAUGUUGCAACUUGUGGAAAAGAGGAAAUGCUUGAACCAGAAAUGCUGUCGUCUUUUAAAGCAGUAUGUGGUGAAGGAGAAAAGAAGCUCAAGUGCCGGUUCAUCAAGCAGUCAGGAUCUGUGUGGGAAGUCAGUCUGGAAGACAGUGGUGUGAAUGUCACUUGUAAAGUACCUACUUGUUCAGCUGAUGGUACUGAAAUUGCAGUAGAGAAACAAGAACAGGUACAAGUAAAAACUCGACAGGAGACUGAGAAGCCACCAUUUAAGCCAUGCUCUCUACAUUACCAUCAACAAGUGUUUUUAAAGGGACAGCAGUUACAGUGCUACAUCUCUUGUAUAAAUGAUGCUCAUUCCUUUUGGUGUCAGAGUGCUGACUCAGAAGAACUUGACAAGAUAACAUCAGGUGUCUCAGAAGUUGGGAAUGCAGUCAACCACAAGCACAUUGACCCAGACACCCUAUCCCCUGGCAGCCCGUGUAUUGUUCUCUUUUCAGAUGAUCAUCUUUGGUACCGUGCAGAAGUAACUGACAGAAAGGGAGAUGCAUUGUCUGUGCUUUUUGUGGACUAUGGAAACAAGUCCCAAGUCUCCAUUACAGAUGUGAGGGAAAUACCAGUUGAAUUGGUGGUCCUGCCUCCCCAGGCCUUUUUGUGCGAGCUUGAAGGCUUUAAUUGUUCAUGUGGUUCUUGGGCCAGUGGCGCAGUAGAUGAGUUUUGUACACGUACAACAGACAAGUUGUUAAAGUUGACUAUUGGCAGACUAACCAGGGAUGACAAAACCAUCAAAUACUUUGUGCAGGUGGAAUGUGAUGGCCAGAUCAUGAAUGAAGUGAUGAAAACAUGGUGGAAAAGCUCCACAACAGAAAACAAACCUGACACAGGUGAACUGACUAUGUUGUUUGAACCGCCACUGCAAAAUACCCCAGUUGUGAAAGAGGCUGCACAACCUGAGAAUCAACCAGAGUAUUCUGAAAGCCAAGAAUUUCUUCCUCAGAAAGAGCACAAUGAAGAACAGUUCUCUGAGGAGCUUGUUGACCCUCACAGAGCAGAUGAGGAUAAAUUAAUCUGUAGUCCGAAGACCAAUGAGACCCCCAAAGAAGAGGCUACACAACCUGAGGAUCAACCACAAUAUCCAAAAAGCAAAGACAUUCACCCUCUGAGAGAGCACAGUGAAGAAAAUUUCUUUGAGGAGCUUGUUGACCCUCACAGAGCAGAUGAGGCCAAACUAGUCUGUAGUCCACAGACCAAUGAGACCUCCAAAGAUUUAGACUCUUCUGAAUCCCAAGAAGAGAAGUAUCAGACAUCUGAGUGCAAUAUGAUGGCUCAACAUGAAAAAAGUGAUUCCAUUGAAGAAGUGAAUACAAUUCACACUGCGAUACUACUUCAGACUGAGUCCAAAGACACAGAAGACGCUAUAGUACCUGUACCUAGUGACCAAGAUAUUUUUAUCUUGAACUGUGAUAAGGAUGUUUGUGAAAGUGACAAAAUCCCUGAAGAGGACAGUGCUUCAGUGUUGGACACCGUUGGACCAGAUGACUUGAAGUCUCCAGUGGAUGAGAACCCAAAAGAGGACACAGACAAGUCAGAGAUUCCAGCGAAAGAGGUGGCAUCUUCAGCUGAAGAGGUGAUGACCUACAACGUGGCAAGCAGCUAUGAUGCCAGAGUUUAUUCGGUUCCAACCGAUGACAGUAACAUUGCCACAGUGGGUGAGCGUUCUCUUACCAGUGUGACAGCAGUGAAAAUGGCUUCACGUGAUACAUUUCAUCCCACGGAGAGUAUAAACCUACAUGAGCUCAUAGAUAUAAUUUCUGAAGACUUGGAGCAGCUUGAUACUGACUUGGUCCUGUCCUCCCCUGUGCUUCCUGAGCAGCAGUUGUGUGAUCUGGUAGUCGACACUGAUGAAACCAGCCAGUCUCAAACCUGUGGAGCUGCCUCUACAGAUAUGAUGGGUGAUGAGUUUGAAGAGGUGACAUGUUUGAUGGAUGCCUGCACAGAUACACAUGAUCCUGACAGCAAAGUCACCAGUGCUGGAGUAAAUGAUAUGAUCACUUGCGUCACAGUCCAGGACAAAGCACUUGGAGCCAUUUUAGAGCUUGACAUGGAAAUUGGAGACAUUUCUCUGCAGGAUGAGGAUAACUCCACGCCUGAAGAGGAAGUCUUAGCUCUUCACAAUGACAAACUCCUUGCUUUGCCACUGAGUGACACUGAGCCACAAUCUGACUGUCCAGAUGUGAGUAACCCGGUGGAUGAGUUGCCCAGUACUGUUGAAGAGAGUUGUUUGACAGAUGUCUCCACAGACAAACAUCCAAAAAUUGAAACAGAGGACAGUGAGCAGAUGGAACCUACACCACCCAAACAAGAGGAUUAUGAGGAGGGCGUUGUUUCUAAAGAAACGUCUUCCCCUGACAACAGCUUUGAGCUCCAGCUGUCGAACUUAACCCAUCUCACUCUGAUCAUCAAUGACGGGUCUGCUGAUGAACAGCAGCAGGAGGAGUAAAUGUCUCCCGUUUGCUUCUGGUGUCAAUGUUAGACUCCUAACAAAAUGGCUCAAUUGCAGACACUUUAGUUAAUUUAAACAGGUUUGAGUUAAGGUUUUCUUAGUUGUUUUGCUCUGUGUGUUGAAGGGCAGUGUUGAACAUUUUAUUUCAUUGUUUCAGUUUAAAAACACAGCUGUUUGGCUAAAAGAUGCUUCUAUACAGAAAUGGUUUGGACUUUUUUGUCAGCGUAAACGUACAAGCGUUGCAGAUCUGUUCUGAUAAACUGCCGCCACAUUCUUUGUAAACAAAUGUGUAUUGAAUCUUUUUUUGAAGACUAAUUUGAAUGGUUGCAAAGUUAUAAAGAAUUUAUAAAUAUCUUUUUUUUGUUGUGUGUUAACAUGCAUGCCUUAAAGACACAUUUUUGUUUGUGUAAUAAAUAUCAGUACACAUGUAUGUUUGAAAUGAGUCGUGCUUUUUAUGAGUUACUACCCUCAUUAUGUAGCUCCAUCUUGU